AUGAAACUUAGCAUUGCUAACCCAGGAAGAACUACACAGAAAGUUGUAGAAGUUGAAUACAAUGUCGAAUCCGCGCUCUACGAGAAAAGAAUCCUCGACGUGGUGGAGGGUGAAAUCAUCUCUCCAGAGUGGGCUGGCUUCCUUCUGCAAAUAACCGGUGGAACAGACAAGCAAGGAUUCCCCAUGAAGAAAGGCCUUAUGACCCCCGACAGACUGAGACUGCUGCUGAAGAAGGGCGACACCGGAUUCAGAUGCACCAAGAAGGGGCUCAGAAGAAGAAAGAGUGUCAGAGGAGACGUCAUUUCCGACCAGAUCGGAGUGAUCAACAUGAAAGUUGUCAAGGAGGGAGAGCACAUCUUUGAAGGAUUCAACGACAUUGUAAACCCUCUGCCAAGAGGGCCAAAGAGAGCCACAAAGAUCAGAAGGCUGUACGGUCUGUCGAGCGAUGUGACCGAUCUUGAGCCAUACGUUGUCGGGCACACCAAGACCAUGAAGAACGGAGAAACAAGAAUAGUCAAGCCAAAGAUCCAGAGGCUGGUUACAGAGAAGCACAUACAGAGAUGGGAAGCCAGAAUUUCUGAGAGAAUUGAAAGACAAAGAAAGAGUAGAGAAAAGAAAACUAAAUACUUUGCCAUGAUGAAAGAGAGAGGCCUUCUUACCAGCAAAGGAGCAGGAUCUAAGAAGAAGCACACUGCAACCGCAUAA